GCAAAGCCAUCCCGAGAUUGGGCGGCACCUCCAAGAGUUGCAGAUGAGAGUAUCGCCUACAUAGAGUAUUCUUGUGAUCGCGAAGGUGCUGUGAAAGGUGUGUGCAUAUCGCGACAGGCGAUGCUAGCUCAUUGUCGAGCUAUCACGGCAGCGAUGGACUAUAAGCAAGGUGAAACCAUGAUUUGUGUGCUGGAUUUCAAGCGAGAAGCUGGUCUUUGGCAUGCAGUUCUUGCGGCUGUGUUCAAUGGAAUGCGAGUAGUAUUUGUACCGUAUUCUUUGAUGAAAAUCAAUCCAGCAAGUUGGAUGCUUAUGGCGACGAAGUUGCAAGCUUCCGUUGCUUUGGUAAAGUCGCGAGAUCUUCAUUGGGGUCUCUUAGCCACUCGCGAUCACAAAGAUGUCAACUUAUCCUCUCUCAAAUCCUUACUAGUAGCUGAUGGAGCAAAUCCAUGGUCGUUGUCAUCUUGCGAUCAGUUUGCUGCCACAUUUGCCGCACAUGGGUUAAGGCCCGAAGCGAUGUGUCCUGAGUUAAUUACUUACCCCGCUCUUACUUUUGAUAUCCAGUUAGCAUCAUCUAGCAGUUUCAGGCGUACCUCGAGUGGAAGUGGUAGCAGUGGACGAGGAAUUUUGUCCAUGGCUGCGUUGAGUCAUUCAGUUGUCAGA